AUGUCUCUGAGAGUGAUCUGGGCUGAUCACAAGACCCAUCACAUCUUCAUUGCAUCCAUCACAGGACUUCAACUCCCCUCCUACGUGCAGUAUAUGAAGGGCGCGUCCAGCAUUGCGCCAGGUAUGGCAUCUUGCUUCAGUACUACCACCCCCCACUCUCCCUUCCCCUCCCCCUCCCUCAUUCUACUCAAUCCUUCCUCAUCUUCCCACGUGAUCCUUCCCCGUCCUUCCCCGCACCGCUCUAUUCCCACUUUUGUCACCAACCGAGAUCUAAGUUUAUCUAUAGAUCUGUUUUCCGAGUACCGCGAACCUGUUGGGUCUCAACACAAAUUGCCAAUCGUAGCCCCGUUCUGUACCUGCAAUGCCCAACUCCGAAGGUCCAUCGUGUUUUCAGAGCCUAUACCCCGUCUCAUCGGUUCUGACCACAAUCGAGCAGCUGAGCUCUUCCACCGUCCUUCCCCUGUUGCCUCCUCCCUCCCUCCGCCUUCCGUUUUCAUGGUCUAUCAUCCUCCAUCCAUCCUUGUCGUCCCCCCCGUAACCUCUUCCGGGCACAUCUCCAUUUUUCACUCCGGCUCCUCUCCCACCUCAGCGCUUCCGUACUCAUCCCUCCACAAACAAAGACUUGAAGUCCAGCUCUUCUACUGCGUCUACGCUAUCGGGAACCGAAGCUGCAAUUAUUCCUCCCCUGUCAGACCGAAGCACACUGUGGACACAACAUUCGCGCUCGUCUUCCGUCCUUAA